AUGGGCCGAGGCCGGGGUGGGAAACCCCUCUCUCCAACAUGUUCCGAUGCGCCGGUGGUUUCUGCAGUUGAACUCACUUCUUUGGAGGCUGAGUUUCAAGCUCAUCGGGCUGAGACUACUGCUCGGUUGGAGUCGAUCACGACUUCUCUGCGUGGGGAUAUGUCCACGGCACUCGUUGACUUCAGAUCGUUGCUCUUGAGCAAUUUUAAGCAGCAGCUCACAUCCUUUGUUCAGGAGCAGCUUCCCUUACCAACCAAUACCUCUCAGCUUGAAGGUCCGGUUCUAUUUGGGGCUGGGAGUCCUUCGUUGCCUUCGAUUCGUACUACUAUGCAGUUGGAAGAGUCUGCGUCGUCGGUAUUGGCUAGAUCUGAGGGUUCUUCAUCUUUGGUGCUCAGUUCUGUGGGUAAGAACAUUCCACCAAUACUGUUGCAUCUGUGCUCAGUUCUUCAUGUUUUUGCUGAUGCUAUGUUGGGUAAUACUUUUAGUACCAAUACUGUUGCAUCUGUGGUUAGUCAUGCUGGUACCUCUAAGGAUAUAUUGACUAAUGUGCCUAAUACUGCAACUUUGAGUCGAGGAAACUCUUUUGGUCAGCUACCUUGUGGUUGUGCUCCAGUUUUUGGGAGCUCAUUGGGAGUUGGUCAGCCGGCUCCAUUUUCAUUUACUUAUUCAGGACCUUGUUCAGCUACUAUAUUUGAUGUUGGUCCAAGUAAUGCAGGGUUGUUGCCUAAACCUCCACCAUACACAAGUCAAAUACAAAUGAGUACCCAUUUGUUCAGUUCUGCAUCACCAACCAAUGCUACUAUCACAACCAUUACCCCUGGCCAGGCAUGGCCUAAACCCCCACCUAAUGUUAGCACCAUGCCACAGCCCACAAUCCCUUACUCCUUGCCUGUUUACACCACCAUUGGAACUCAUAAUCAUCAACAACAAUACCAACCCCCACCUCCUCAACAUCAUUUCUAUAAUCAUAAUACACAUCAACACCAACAACAUCACCGUCACCACAAUCAAUAUCACAACAUUGAUCCUAACCUUCCUACCAUGAAACAAAUGAGGUUGGAAUUUACUACUUACAGUGGAGGGGAUCCGAUAAAAUGGCUCAACAAGGCUGAGCAGUAUUUUGCAUUCUAUCAGAUACCAGAAGAGAGGAAGCUGCCACUUGCUACAAUGCACUUAACUGAUAAGGCAUCUGAUAGGUGGUUCACUUUCAAAAAUGAGUUCCCACAAACAUGGCAAGGCUUAGCAGAUUUGCUUAUGAGGGAAUUUAGUUGUUAUAACAAGGUGGAGUAUCAAGCUGCAUUGGGAAGAUUGACCAAACAGGAAGACAUUAAGGGAGAUGUUGCAGCUUUGAAUCCUAAAUCGUUGUAUGACGCUUGCAAGUUGGCAAGAGUAUUUGAGGCUCGUAAUGAUGGCUUAAGGAACUUUGCUAGGAAAACUACAACCUAUCAAAGUCAGACACAAAGUAAAAUGAGUACUAAUUUAGGCAGUUCAAGCAGAGGGAACAACUCACAAGUUUUUGGUACUCAACAGCAACCUAGGCCUUCCAACAAUCAUGGCAAUGUUACUAGUUUCCAUAGAAGGUUAACUCCAGCAGAAUUUGCUGCCAAAAAAGCUAACAAGGAGUGUUGGUGGUGUGAUCAACCGUUUGGGAAGGAACAUAACUAUAGAAAGAAAGGUCAAUUGAUGUCCAUGUCUAUUAUCCCAGAUGAUAAUGAGUUCAAUGAGGUGGCUACAGGCCAAAUUGAGGAAGAAGAUAGACAGUUGGUUGAGGUACCUCCUAUUAUUGAUAUUGACGAGCCAUUGAUAAGGUUGCAAGCAAUGAAUGGAGGUACUAAGAUCCCAGUGAACAGUUUUCCACCUCUCAAUGUGUUCCUUGAUAGUGGUGCUAAAUCUUUGGGUAACAUCAUGUGGAACUUUGAAACAAUGAGAAUGGGAUUCAAGGUGGGAGGUGUCAAAUAUAAGUUGCAUGGGGAAACAGAAGCUGAAACUAAAGUUGUUACCUGCAAGGUUAUGUCUAGGUUAUUGAAGAAAGAAAAAGAAGCUGUAAUGGUACAAGUUCAACCAGCCUUGCAGUCUCAGACAGUGGAGCAGCCUACACCACAAAUCCAGAAAUUGUUGGACACUUAUGCAGACCUUUUCAAAUCUCCCACAGGUUUGCCACCGAAAAGAGAACAAGACCAUACCAUUGAACUGCUGCCUAAUACACCACCUGUAAGUGUCAGGCCUUAUAGGUACCCGCAUUUUCAGAAAAAUGAAAUUGAGUCAAUUGUGAAGGAGCUUUUAGAUACUGGUGCAAUAAAGCCAAGCAGGAGUCCUUUUUCUUCACCUGUACUCUUGGUGAAAAAGAAAGAUGGAACAUGGAGAAUGUGUGUUGAUUACAGGGCCUUAAAUGCAGUUACUGUGAAGGACAAGUAUCCUAUACCUGUUGUUGAUGAACUGUUAGAUGAAGUGCAAGGAGCUACCAUCUUUUCAAAGUUGGAUCUUCGAUCUGGCUACCAUCAGAUCAGGAUGAGUGAGGGAGAUAUCAAUAAGACAGCUUUCAGAACACAUAGUGGACACUAUGAGUUUUUAGUCAUGCCAUUUGGGCAUAAUGCCCCUUCUACGUUUCAGUGUGUGAUGAAUGAAGCUUUAAGAGACUUGUUGAGGAAAUGUUGUUUAGUCUUUUUUGAUGACAUAUUGAUUUAUAGUGCAACAUUGGAGGAUCAUUUAAAGCAUCUAGAAUUGGUUUUUAAGAAAUUAGAGGAGAACUCAUUUAAGGUCAAGCUUAGUAAGUGCAGUUUUGGUGUGCCUCAAGUUGAGUAUUUAGGACAUGUCAUCAAUGCACAAGGUGUGUCAGUUGAUCCAGCAAAAAUAGAGUGCAUCAGGAAAUGGGAGAGGCCAAAGACUUUGAAGGGUUUGAGAGGGUUCCUUGGUUUAGCUGGUUAUUAUAGGAAGUAUGUCAAGAAUUUUGGGUGCAUAGCUAAACCAUUAACUGACAUGUUGAAAAUUGGAGGUUUUGUGUGGACUGAAAGGUCUGAUCUAGCUUUUGAACAACUCAAGCAGGCUUUGAUGAAUACACCAGUGCUCGCUCUUCCAGAUUUUAAUAAGGAGUUUGUCAUAGAAUGUGAUGCUUCAAGCGUGGGAAUUGGAGCCAUAUUAUCUCAAGAGGGUCAUCCAAUUGCAUAUUUGAGCAAAGUUUUGGCACCUAGGCACAUGGCCCUUUCGGUGUAUGAUAAAGAGAUGUUGGCUUUGAAGUGGUUACUUAAACUUGCAGGAUAUGACUACUCAAUUAAGUUCAAAUCUGGAAAGAACAAUGCUGCUCCUGAUGCUUUAUCAAGAAAGGAGAAUUUGCAUAGCCCUACCACUGAAGUCAUCACCAAGUUUGGGGCAAUACAUGUAUUGCAAGGAGUGUCUUCUCCUGUGCAUACCUUCAUGCAUGAAAUGCAAGCAGCCUGUGUACAAGAUUCUGAAACUAGCACCAUUGGAGAUUGGAGGUCGAAAAUAAUUGUUGAGUUCCAUAAUGGCUAUCAAGGUGGUCAUGCUGGGGUGCAUAGAACAGAAAAAAGGGUGAGGAGAUCAUUUGCUUGGCCUGGUAUACAUAGAGAUGUGAAGGCAUAUGUGGCUAGUUGUCAUACAUGUCAACAUAACCAUUAUGAAACUAUUCUACCUCCAGGUUUGUUGCAGCCCAACCCUAUUCCUGAAGGAGCUUGGAAAGACAUCUCUAUGGACUUUGUGGAAGGGUUACCAACAACCUCAGGUAAAUCAGUGCUACUUGUAGUGGUGGAUAUAUUUACUAAGUAUGGGCAUUUCAUUCCAUUGGCUCAUCCCUAUACAGCUUCAGCAGUGGUUAAGUUAUUAAUUGAGAAUGUCUAUAAGUUGCAUGGGAUGCCUCAGACAAUAAUUUCUGAUAGAGACCCUGUCUUUCUAAGCCACUUUUGGGAAGCAUUUUUCAAGACUCAAGGAACCGCCCUACAUAAAAGCUCGGCCUAUCAUGCACAAACAAAUGGGCAAACGGAAAAUUUGAAUAGAACUGUGGAACAAUACCUGCGAUGUGUGGUGGGAGAGAAACCUCAUACUUGGGUUGAAGCUCUACCUUGGGCAGAAUAUUGGUACAACACUGCAUACCAUUCAACUAUAGGUAUGUCACCAUUCAAAGCUCUUUAUGGUUAUGAUCCUUCUCCUGUGCAUAUGUAUGUUCCUGGCUCUACAGAUGUGCAAGCUGUGGAUAAUCAGUUGAGAGACAGGGAUGAACUGAUUGCUAUCCUGAAAUGGAAUUUAAACAUUGCUCAAGCCCGGAUGAAACACCACUAUGAUAAGAAGCAUGUGGAGAGGUCUUUUGAUGUUGGAGACUUUGUGUACUUAAAGCUACAGCCCUAUAAGCAGCAAUCAGUCCAUAAGAGGAAGAACCACAAGUUAGCUCCCAGGUUUUAUGGCCCUUAUGAAAUUGAAGAGAAGAUUGGUGUUGUUGCCUACAAAUUGAAGCUACCUAGAGGGGCAAAAAUCCAUCCAGUGUUUCAUGUUUCAUUGCUCAAGAAACGAAUUGGAAAUGCUGCAGUGGUUGCAGCUCAUUUGCCUCCACAUAUUGAUCCACAUAAUCCCAGAUGGUACCCCGCUAAGGUUUUGGAGAGAGGAAUAUUCAAAAAAGGGAAUACCGUGGCUGAUAGUAUGGCGAAUUUGGGUUUACUCUCUUCUUCUCUGAGGGUUGCAAUUGUUUCAUCUCAGAAUGCACUAGCUGGUGGUCAUUAUUUGGACACGGUUUUGUUGGAGUCAUGUGGUUGCUUCUCGAUUUGUACUGCAUUUGACAUCAGUUUCUCUGGGAAACUUUGA